UGAUACGUAGAACGCGUAGGAGACGGUUAAAGGAUGAAAAAUAUGUAUUUUAACCCAGUUUAUUAUUGUAAGAGAAUUAAAAUAAAAUGGAAGUAAUGUAAAACGACGUGUGUUAACUUGACAAGGAUGCCAGUAGAUAUAAACAGAUUGACUGAAGGGUGGCUGGAACUGGAAAGUGACCCCGGAUUGUUUACACUACUUUUGGAAGACUUUGGAGUAAAAGGAGUACAAGUUGAGGAGAUUUAUGAUUUGCAGAAGUCGCUCGAAGGCCCUGUAUAUGGUUUUAUAUUUUUGUUUCGAUGGAUUGAAGAACGUCGUUCACGGAGAAAAAUUGUUGAUGAGAUAGACAGCUUUGUCAAGGAUGAAGAAGUUGUCAACAACAUAUUCUUUGCACAACAGAUGGUGCCCAACAGCUGUGCGACACACGCCCUCCUGUCGGUGCUGCUCAAUUGCCCCGACAUCCACCUGGGCGCCACGCUGAGCCGUCUCAAGGCACACACUUCGGGAAUGUGCCCCGAGAACAAGGGUUGGGCCAUCGGCAACACUCCGGAGCUGGCCAAGGCGCACAACUCGCACGCGAUGCCACAGGCCAAGAGGCGCCUCGACAAGUCGUCGUCGUCCGGUGGCGUCAGCACGGGUCGCUACACUGGCGAAGCCUUCCACUUUGUCAGCUACGUCCCCAUCCACGGCAAGCUGUUCGAGCUGGACGGCCUCAAGCCGUUCCCCAUGGACCACGGCCCGUGGGGAGAAAAGGAAGACUGGACGGAGAAAUUCCGACGUGUGAUCACGGACAGGCUGGGCAUCACGGCGGGAGAACCCUACCACGACAUCCGCUUCAACCUGAUGGCGGUCGUCCCCGACCGGAGGAUUGCACUCACCCGCAAGAUCAAGAUGCUCAAGACCAACAGGCAAAUUGUGCUGGAAGCGUUGCAGCAGCUGGUGAAGCUGACACAGUCCGAGCAGCACCGACACCGGCAGCAGCGGGAGGAGGGAGGAGACGAGAAGCCGUCGGCACCGGCAGUCGCGGAGGACGAGGAGCGCGACGACACGCCGGGCGGCGACGGAACCGACGGCGACGCGGAGGCGGACGGACUGUCGCCGGCACACGACAGUGAGCAGUCCGGAGGCACCGACUGCAGCUCCCUGGAGGCUCCGGAGGGCGGCCUGGAGAAGGCCUCCGCCUCCCCCCAGCAGCAGCGGCGGCAGCAGCGGCAGCAGCAACUGUGCCCACUCGACUACUCGACACCACUCACCAUCCAGAUCUCACCGGCACCCAGCAGCUCCAGCACCGACACCUCGUCCGAGGUUGGCUCUGCCUUCAACUCUCCCACACAAGGGUGGAGCUGGAACUCCGGACAGAACAGCCCGACAUCUGCAAAGGACUUCAAGAAGUUCGUCGUCAUACGUGUGGGUGGGCCCAGCUCCGGAUCAUCCGAAGAGAAGAUGGACUCUCCCACAGGUAGCCGCGUCUCGCUGGUAGGUCCCGGUACAAAGCGGCCGUCGGGCAGUGGUGAUGCUGCGGUGCCGCCCGGCAAGAAGCUCUGCCCUGAAACUCCCGCUUCGUCGACCACCUCGCCCUCGUCUGCGUCGUCGACGCCUGCAGCUUCGCCCUCCCCUGGCCACUUCCCGGCUGUGUGCGGAGAGGUGCAGCCUGGGCCGGCUGACGGCGUGUCAGUAGGGAGCGCUUCUGCAAUUGCCGCUACUGCUGUGGAGCACGAGAAAAAGGUGGAUUUGAAGAUGUGCAGCAAAUAUCCGGAGCUCUUCGAACCGCAUAAAUUUGCACCGAAGGAUCUUCUCGCAUUACUUAAGAACUUGGAAAAUGAAAUUGGAGUGUGUGAGCUAAGUCUUCAAGAGGAAAAUGAUAAACGCAACAAGUACAAGCUUCCGUGGCGCGAGCGGCAGAGACUUGUCGAUGCCGUUAGACCGUCGCGUCUACCUUGUGCGCGUGGCUCCUUUCCAGCCUGCACACACAAACACGUGUCGCACAGUGGACGACUGCCGGCGGACGCACAACUACGACGAGUUCAUCUGCACGUUCCUGUCGAUGCUGGCACAGCAGGGGCAGCUGGCGGACCUUGUGCUCCAGCACCAGGUGCAGCAGCACAAGAAGUCGCCGGCACCCGCCCGCACGCUCCAGAGGCCGCCCAAGAAGGUGGAGGCGACCACACCACCGACACCACCAGCUGCACGGCCAUCACCAACUCGCCGCCGACGGGGGCGCGCCAAGUACCGCCGGCGCAAGUGAGUGGCGGGUGGCGGCAGGAUCGGGCUCGCACCUGGAGGCAGCGAGUAGGUGACCCGCAGCUCAUCGGAGUCACUACUCCGGUGCUGACGCUCUACUCGAGAGGCGUUCCGUGGGAGUGCUCUGCGGGACACCUCCUACGUGACCGCUCACAUUGUCGUGCCUGUCUGUCGACUCUGCCUCGUGCAAUUCGAUAAAUCUGUAUAGGCACAUAAUGUAAAAUUAAGUUUGUUGUUUUGUGUCAUUUGUAUCAAUUUUCUUGAUGUACGGCUGACCUUAAUGCUUUAUUUUGUACUAGUUUACUUUAAAUUUGUGGAAGACUGUGUAUUUAUUUGAGCAUCUGUAAGUGGUCUGUAGUUAAUUUCUGUGUGAAUGCACCAGUUGGUGACAGUUUGCAGUAGCGUGUAUCUUAGAUGAUUCUCGAAUUCUCACGUUUACAAAAUGUGCCCCUUUGAUGAUAUAUACUUUUGUUGUAAGUGACAGAAUAUGGGGAAGAGUGACUGAAGUGAAAUAAAGGAGGGGGAAGUGAGGCAAUAUUUGCAGGCAUACUCGAGCAUUUGGCUUCACUAACUGCAUUAGUAUCAGUCAUUAACUAUCGUUGGCAGAGUGUACCGGUGGUUUGGGUUUUGUCAGUGACUUCAUUAGUUUUUUAAAAGUUGAGAUCUCAUUUUUGAGUAACUAACAGUUUUGUGUGGCUUCUCUGUGCAGUCCUGCAUUCCAUCUUCACAUAUCAAUUUAGCUACCAUAUUUAGUCCACUGUGAAAUUAUUGUUGCCACAGAAUUGACAGUUAUUUGUGAACUUGGAACAAACGGAAAUGGAAUGCUAUGUUUAAUCAUUCCUUUCUGUUCAAACAGAGAGAGUGAGGUGUCACAGUGUUUACGCACCCCCCACCCCCCAUUUUUUUGGGGGGGGGGGGGAGGGGGGAGCGUGCAGUCUGCUGGGUUUCAUAUGGUUCCCUAUAAUCACUCGAGACAGAUGUCUGGCCAAUCUCCCCCCCCCCCCCCCCCCCUCCACAAAUCUAUCUGAAUGUGGGUCCCGCAUCUACUGACCUCACCUUGAGGAGGAGGAUGCUAAAUUCUCACUGUCCCACAUGUGCCCUUAACUCAUGGUUAUACCUGGCAGAUGCUGCCAGCAUAAAAAGUUCUCAUAUUUGUCAAUCGUAGCUGUGUAGCAACUUGAAAGAUAAAGAUGUAUACGAACAUGUAUUGGUAUGACUGUACAGAGACUUACCCUGUGCCCAACCCAGACAGUACUCACAUAGUAACUACAAGCUUCUGGUAAGUAGCCAACUGAGAGUUACUCUGUUAGUAAAUUAAGCUCUAUAGUCAUUACCGCCUUAGCUUACACCACCAUUUUAAAUGUUGUAUUAUCGGCAGUUUCAUUACUUUGCAUUCUGUAAUAAAUGCUGUAGUUGUGCGCACUCAGACAAUAGCAAAAUUACAUGUAUGUUUAAUAACUGACUUUAGUCUAAUUACAACAGGAAAUAAGGCAUUUGUGAAAAGAGAGAGAUCUGUCAAGUCCUAGAACAAUAUUAGAUGUGUUACCUGCGUGUGUAAAUGCAGUUUUUUAGUUACAGAUCACACAAGCCAAGAAUUUAGAAAAUCUCACAGACACACAGUACUAAAAUGUUUGAUACAGUUUGAAGCUCUGAUAAUGUUAGUUUUGAGCAACUCAUUCAGAACAUCACAUGUUAGCGGUGUAUUAAUUUAUAUUUGUUAGUACUCAAAUCCCUGUUGUUACUGGAAGCGGCUGAGCUGGAUAUUAUAUAAAAGCAAUUAGUUUAAGAUUUAAGAGUAUUUAACAUCAUUCCAGUGUUGUAGAGCUAAAUUUCAUGCUGCUGAUUGUUUAUUUUUAUUGUCUGUUGAUUGUAAAAUAAAGAAUUUUAUAACA